GGAGGACAGCCUUGGAGAUAGCCAAUAUCUCAGUCCGACAAGACGUACCAAAGACCGCACCUGGAAGGCGGUAUCGCGUUGCAAGUUGGCCACGGACAUGAUGAUCGACGAAGAGGAUUGGCGGACGAUAAACUUGAAAGGUUGAGUCAAGAAUCACCGAUCGAGGCUCGGAUGUUACAAGGUUGAGUGCGCAAUCACGGGCAUCAACGGUGUCAACGGAGGUGGCGGUUCAGGAUUCCCGCGGAGUCACGCAGCGCUGUGGAAUCAAGCGAAUAUGCUCAAAUCAAGCCGAUAAUAACCAGAUCGAUAUCUGAUAGAGAGCAGACCACUUUCGGGCUUGGGAGACACGGAGUGGCGAAGGGCAGCGAGAGUUAUGUUCCCCGGACGAUGCGCAGGGCGGGAAAUUCUUUUGCGUUUCGGAGGGCCAAUGACGGAGUUACCGGGGCCGAGCUUCUGCGCUCCACGUUUCUUCUGCUUCAAUCGCAGUCGCUCCCCACACCCAACAGCUGCGUCAACGUGUUAGCCUGCACAGCUUGACUGAUCGAAGUUGAGCAAUCCCAUACUGCCUAUUUACCAUCAUAUCAUGGCCCAGAUUCCAACGCCACCGCCGUCACGUCCAGGCUCGGAAGCCCCCGACCAUGUCCCAAAGCCCGCGGAAGCUUCGUCAGAGCUGUUGGAUUCGUUGGAUGUCCUGCUGGGGCGGUAUUUGCAUCUGCUGGAUCGACAGCAGGAGUUGCAGUCAGGAUUGUCGAAGCAGUUAUCUUCGGGCUUUCUUUCUUUGGCCCAUGCAAACUACACUUGUCCUCCCGGCCGACGAUAUGGUGCGGACUAUUAUGAUGAGCGGAUGAAAGCUACCCGCAAGAUAUCUAUUCAUGCGCAAUCUGAAGUGGAUGAUACCGAACAUACGACAGAGGAGCAGAAUGAUGUCGAUAGCCGUUCCUCGGGCGAAUUCGAAUACAAAUUCAGCCUAGAGAAGGUUGAUAACCGUCCGGCCGAAGAGCAUCCCGACGAUGCCGAGACAGACGCAAAGGACGAACCCUCGACAGAAGCUACAGAGCCCGAGGUAUCAAUGACCGGCACGACCGCCCCUGCAAGCGAAACCGACACUCCAGUUUCUCAAGAUCCAGAUGCGGAACCUCCAGCACCGAAAGAGACCAAGAAAGUUCGCAAGAAGUUCCGCUCCAACGACCCGAUCUACUGGUACGGCAUCCUAGUGCCGCCGUCUCUUCGCACCGCCCAAAAGUCCUUUACGGAAGCUAUACAAACCCAAGUGCCCAAUUUGGUGGGCACAAUUGUGGAAAUGCGCGCGUUAGAACAGAAGAUUACCCAGGUUCGGACCAAGCUGGGGAGCAGCAAUUCCAAGGCAACCAGUACUGAAUAGUCAGUCGUAGAGCUUGGGUGACUCAAAUUUGAGGUUGCCCAUCACUGCCGCGAUUGCGACAAGGCGGCCUUUUUUCGGAGCCUUUCUAUCCUGUAUACUCCGUACUUUAAGAACAAUAACUCCUUAGCGGUCGG